UCACAAGCAAAUGUUGAACUCCAAUCGUUCAUUUAAGUAUUGAAAUAAUAGUAAAGCAGCGGAAAAUAUGCAGGAUAUACGCAUACGAGUCGAACAGCCCAUGACUCACGUGCCCACUAAUCAAGGCAGCCGACCUUUACAUCUGCUGCCGCAAAUAAGUUUAAGUUGCAAUGAGACAAACAUUGAACAACAUCAACAUCAGGUGCCACGCUCUCCCAGCUCAGAGGAGGACAAUUCACCAACGGAAAUGAACAAUUGCAAACGUUUAGUUGAUAAACCGCCACUCGUAAAAAGACUAACCAUGGGUAUGGGCUUGCUGCGCUCAACAGAACUAGAAAGUCGACCGCUCGUACAUACCACUUCAUCCUCUCUCAACUCUGGCUCCUCACAGACAAUAUCCGAUGGUUAUGUGAACGAGGCGAUAUGUGAACCUGAUAAAAUAAUAUCUAGUAAAUUUGGUGAUUCGUGUCGACAGUCGUUAACCGCGUUACCCUCUAUGGAAGCAGCUCACCGCCUACAAGAACAUAACGAAUUUAGUUACAAGAAAAAAUAUCUGCGAGAAACUUGCAGUGCGAAUUCAAGUCCAAAGAUGUUUGCACCAAGCGCGCCAUUACGUUUAGAUAGUCUUAGCUUAGCUGAACAGAAUGAACUGAAAGGUGCGGCUUGGUUUCAAGCGGGCAUACCACGUGAGAUCUCAUUAGAAGUAUUAUCACGACAGAGUCCUGGUGCAUUUUUGGUGCGACAAAGUAGCACAAAACCCGGUUGUUUUGCAUUAUCGCUAAGAGUACCGCCACCAGCGCCAAAAGUUGCGCAUUACUUAAUACUAAAAACGCCUAGAGGAUAUAAAAUUAAGGGCUUCACGAAAGAAUUUACUUCAUUGCGUGCGCUAAUAACACAUCAUUCUGUUAUGCCUGAACUGCUACCAGUACCAUUGACUUUACCACGUCCAACGAACCCUGCUGCAAGUAGUCGAAACGGCUCGCGUGGCAGUGGUUUGGAUGGUGAUGAUUUUGAUACAUAUGGUUCACUUAAUGAUUUUCGAAAAAUGAUGUCUGAUUUAAAUGUAUGACUUUUACUUGAUGAAAAAGCUGAACAACUCAAUGUAUUGAAUACGUCAGACACGUUAAGUUCAGCUGCAGUGACAACAUUAAUAACAACUGACGGAACUGAUGUCACGAGCAACAGAACGACAACAACAACAUUAUUAACAACUGUCAUAGCCGAUGUCGUGAGCAACACAACACUUUCAGUUCCAACAACAAUGUCAACAAACUUCCCAACAACUUCAACUAUAACUGCAAUUACUACAGGAUCAAGUGCAAGUAUGGCUACUAACGUUUCAUCCAUGAAGGUGUUGACACCAACGCGGAUUGGUUCAAAUGCUUAAUUAAUUAACAUUGACAUUGUUAACAAACACGUGACUUCAGCAUUUGCUCACAUAUUAAUUUUAUUUAAAUUAAGAUAAAUUGUAAAGCAACGAACAUACAAAAGUAUAGCAACAAAAAUAAUAUGUAAAACGAACAAGGAUAUUGGUAGGAUAUGUAGAUAAGCAUGCCUUCCACUGUACUAUAAUUUGAGGACUGUUAUGUAGGAACCAUACUUUACUCAUAGAAAUAAAAAAUUGAAAGCUUUAAAAAUAUAUAUCCACACAUACAAUAUAUUUUUAUAAAAGGAAAAACUGAUGUCGAACUGCAUGACGACCAUUUACAAAACAAUAGUAGAAAAUUAAAUAAUUAAUGCAAAUAAAAUUACAAAUAUUUUUAAUGAUAUAUUUUGGAAAUUAUUCAGGACCUCAAAAAACGUUGCAUUUCUUAGUAAACUGACAUUUACCCUUUAAACCUUACCGUCUGCAUAUCCUUUAACUCAUUAUUC